AUGUCGGGCGGGCACCUGUCGAAGGAGUUCUUUGAGCUGGUCAAGUCCAUUGGCGAGAGCAAGUCCAAGCAAGAGGAAGACCGCAUCAUCCUUCACGAGGUGGCGCUCCUCAAGCGCAAGCUGAACGACGUGACGGCGUCUUCCAGCACAUCCAGUGGCCUCGUGAACAAACGCAAGCGCGAGUUCCUCAUCCGUCUCAUGUACGUGGAGAUGCUGGGCCAUGACGCGUCCUUUGGCUACAUCAAAGCCGUCGAGAUGACGGCCAGCACGAACCUCAUGCAGAAACGGGUGGGGUACCUCACGUGCAGCUUGUGCCUGUCGCCCACGCACGAGUUCCGGUUUAUGAUUAUCAACCAAUUGCAACGCGAUCUGCAGAGCUCCAACCACCUCGAAGUCUGUGCAGCGCUCAUGGCUGUGUGUAAACUCGUGACGGUCGAGAUGGUGCCAGCUGUGCAGCCUAUGAUCCUCGAUCUUCUGCGGCACGACGCCGAACUCGUUCGGAAGAAGGCUGUGAUGGCCAUUCACCGCUUCCACCAGCUCAAUCCCGAGUCCGUCACGGACGUUGGCGUCGCUCUGCGUCGCACGCUCUGUGAUCGUGACCCGAGUGUCAUGGGAACGACGCUCUGUAUUUUGCAUGAUCUGGCAGAAGCUACGCCCACGGACCAUAAGGAUCUUGUACCCAGUUUUGUCAGCAUUCUCAAACAAAUUACCGAACACCGGCUGCCUCGAGAAUUUGACUAUCACCGCAUUCCAGCACCGUGGAUCCAGAUCCGUCUCUUGAAGAUUUUGGCACUGCUGGGUCAAGCUGACCAGCAAACCAGUGAGGGCAUGUACGAGGUGCUGCACGAUGUCAUGCGUCGUGCUGAUACGGGCAUUAAUGUGGGAUAUGCUAUUAUCUACGAGUGUGUGCAGACUGUCACAACGAUCUACCCGAAUAGUACGCUGCUAGAUGCUGCAGCUGCAAGCAUUUCUCGUUUUAUUUCGAGCGACAAUCACAAUCUAAAAUACUUAGGUGUCACGGGACUUGCUGCUAUCGUAAAGGACCACCCGCGUUACGCUGCAGCGCACCAAAUGGCUGUUAUUGACUGCCUUGAGGAUCCAGAUGAAACACUAAAGCGGAAGACGCUGGAUUUGCUGUAUCGCAUGACAAAUCCCGUGAAUGUCGAAUUCAUUUCGGACAAGCUCACCCAGUUUCUUCGCGAAGCUACAGACGUUUUUCUCCGCACGGAACUCGUCUCGCGUAUCACGCAGUGUGCCGAACGCUAUGCACCAAAGCAACGCAUGGUACAUUCGGACCAUGACGAAUGUAUUUGA